AUGUAUGCUACAUUAACAUUUCCAAAUGCAAACAGUUCCGAGGGAAUUUUGAAUAUGGGGGGCGGUAAGAAAAAGAAUCGGAACUCUGAUUCUGGCGCACAUGAGGCGUCAGAUAAUGCAAAUCGAACUGAAAAAAUCGGCACAAACAGGGCUACCCAGUCUGAGGUUCGUCCAAAAGAAGCUUCUCCGUUCUCCGAAUUGGCUUCUGGGGUUUCGAAAAUUACAAUUAAAAAUACUGGCGAUUCAACUGUCGAUGUUACCCCUAAGAAAAGUGAAAAAAGUGAAAAUUUGGAAAAGAGCCCGAAAUCUUUAAAUGAAAGGGGUCUUAAAACUAAGGAGGAAGUAAUCGCUGAACGAAAAGCUAAAGCUGCUGAAGCUAAAGCUAAAAAAGCAGCAGCUGCAGCUGCAAAAAAAGCCGCGAGCGCUAAUAUAAGUGGAAACUCGAAAUCGCCUGUUAAGAAGGAGUUCAAAAGAGAUGAUCGUCAACACGGUGAUGCUGGGAACAGGCACAUUCAUAGUGAUUCUGCGCAGACAAAUGGUCAUGUAGCCUCUAAAGCUACUCCUGACCACGGCAAGGCUUCUCUAGCUUCUUCUUCGACUCGUCUAUCUGUGCCUUUCAGACACGUACAUUUUGAUAUGACUCCCACGAGAUCUGAAGAAACAAGUUCGCAGGAGGUCUCACAACCCGAUAUUUCGAAGAUGGAUGUUGACCCAGCGUUCUUGAAAUUUGUUGCCAGGUAUCUAAAAACUUCUCUCUUCGAACGAUGUGGCUCUGGACGUAUUACUGGUAUAGACGCUAUUUGUGUGGCUUUUUUACAUGCAUUUAAGGAGCCGUAUUUGCACAAAGUAAUACUAUUAAUGAACAGAUAUCUGACUGAAAACGGUACUCAGCCCUUACCACUGGCCUUACGUAAUGUUGUUCGGCAGCUUAAGAAGGAAAUCAACCAGUUACCUUCCGACACCACAGAAAUCAGUGGUAAAGAAUUGCUACGGGACUGGUUGGACGAUUUUAUGGCGCAGAAUUUUGAUCUUGCAUUACGUGCUAUAUCAUCUUUCUGUCUGGAUAAAAUAGCGAAUACUUCAUAUAUAAUAACUUACUCUUGGUUGUGCCCAGUUGUCGAAAAAAUCAUUUUAGAUGCAUAUGAAAAGAAACUUAAAUUUCACCUAUGCAUUAUUGAUUCCCCUAUAUCGCAACGAGGCAAACAGUUAGCAAAAAAACUGUCGGCAAAAAAUAUCGAAUGUACGUACGGGUUACUAAAUUCUGUUGGUUAUGUUAUGAAAAAUUGCAGUAUGGUUCUGCUUGGCUGCUCUGCGAUAUUGUCAAACGGGUAUGUAGUUGCUGAUAGAGGUUCAAGUUCAGUCGCUUUAGUAGCUUCAGCGGCCAAUGUUCCUGUUUUAGUUGCGACACAAACAUUUAAGUUUGUUGAUACGGCACAGCUGUUCGAUCGCAAUUAUUCUAAGGGUAAUUUAUUAAUGAAAGAUCAGAUGGAAAUACUUCCGGCUGAUUUAGUAACUGCUGUGGUUACUGAACUUCGGAUUCUUCACCCUAGUUCUGCGCCAGCUGUUCUUAAAGCUAAGCAGCUUGCAGUUGGAUAA